AUGCCUCCCAAGUAUUACGUCCAUGAGAACGAUGACGAGAAUUGGCGCCUGGCUCAAGGCUCUGAAGUCAUCCGGCAAGCAAUGGGCGGAGCUCUGAUACGAGCUCCAGUUGACUUGUCUCAAAAGAACUUGAGGAUUCUCGACAGUGCCACAGGCGAUGGCUACCAGCUCGCACAGAUUCAAGCUACCCUACCAAACAAGGAGUCCGCAACGCUCAUCGGCACAGACAUCCAGGACCGCUUCCCCAAGCCUCCGCCUCCCGGGAUUCUCCUUCAGAUUCAAGACAUUCUGCAGCCAUGGCCUGAAGAAUGGAAGGGAUCCUUUGACUUAGUGCGCCAGCACCUCUGCCUGAGCUCUGCCGGGCCACGCCAAGCCGAUGUGGUCCUUCGUCUUGGAGAGUUGGUCAAGCCAGGCGGCUGGAUCCAGCUUCUUGAGCCAGAGAACGUGAUUGCUGAGGAUGAUGGUCCAGCACACAAGCAGUGGCUUGCGAUGCUGACUGAGCUGGCGGGACUUAUACAAAUCGACGUGCAUUUCUCGACGAAGCUGGAGAGCUAUCUCAAGGAUGCAGGCUUCGAGGAUGUCCAGAGCGAAAGGGUUGAGACCGCCAUGGGCGCGAAGGUGCCACUGGAGGAGUUGCGAGAGGGGAGCAUCAAAUCCGUCUUACUUGCAUCGAAGAACGUUUUCGGUGCUGGGAAAAUGAUACCCGGCGGCUUCAAGUGCAUGACGGCCGAGGAAUUGGAGUCGUGGCCAACUCGCUGGGAGCAGGAAUUGAAGACAAAGGGCGGGUACUUCCCGAUGCGGGUUGCCUGGGGGAAGAAGCCAAGGAGCUCGGCAUGA